UCGAAAUCGUGUUUACGUUCGGCCUUACAGGGACGUGAGUCGCGAUUUCAGCCUCCACUUCGUACGCCGGGAAAUAUUAAACCGGCUUCCCAGUUUCCACUUUACCGACCUUGCUUUUACCCUCUUUGCAUUCCUCCUUCGACGUUCUUAGAUGACUCGUCAAAUCUUAUUAAAGGAUUAUAAACAAAGGCCACGAUAUUUUGUUCGAGACCACCAGUCCUACCUUUUAUCGUUCAACGAAGUCAAUGAGAAAUUGUAACAUGUGCGGAGCAGGUUUUAAACGAGGGGGAAGCGCAUCCGGUGCUCUAUAAUAACGAGUACGAGAAAAACAGGACGUAUCUGAGAAUCGGAACGAACGACGACCCAAAACGUGGAAUCCCGAGCACUCGGCUCGUUUCCUCCGGUUCCGUGACGCGCCAGACCCUCUCGGAAUGUUUGUCCAUCGCGCGUUUUACGCGAAACUCAUGUGUGGGUGUUAUUAUCUCGUUACACCGUACACUGGCCGUUUCAUACCCGCGGGAUUAUGUAUAUACAGGCUUGGUUGGUUCACGAAAUAGUUUACUUCCGGUGUUAGCGCUGCUAUCGAAGCGUGCAAACAUUCCUGCUAUCUUCGACGCCGACCGAAAAAAUUCAAACAUCCUUCCGGAUAACUACGCCUAUCCGAUUGUUCUCUUCCAAUCGAUCGAUCGAUUUUACUCAUAACUAUAACGCGAAACCUGUUACGGAUUCGCUUUAGACACUACAACGAUGCUUUUAAGCUUCGUUAAACGAUAGAAACGCCUACAAAUCAUUAAACGGAACGCACGCAACUUAUGCAACUGUUUAGCAUGAUCUAUCACGUGCGAUCGAUAAAUCUGGAAUGUCGCUUUAACGACUCUUUUUCCCCGUAAAAUACUUAUAAAUUGUUUAACUUUUUUACAGCUUUUACAACGUUCUUCGGUUACACAACGAUUCUUUAUCCUCGAUAUUCGCGUAAUCGUCGUUUCGUGAAUUAUCACGAUAUUCGUCCAAUUGUAAUAGAAAUAUAAAUGUGUUUCCUAUUCUCUUUCGAUAAGUAGUUACUUUUAAUUGGUAUUCCUAACAGCUGUCUCUAUAAACUCUUUACUCCUGCUCGAAUGUGUUCGAAACACGUACGAGAUAAUGGAUGCCAUGUGCUAACGUAUCUUUUAUAAGUUCGUCAAGUACAACAAAGCAAUAUGGCUGCCAGUACUCGACGCGUACCAAACCAGUUCCAGUAUGAAACCGGUUUGGAACUAGUUUUCAUUGGUUUUUCGGUCCCCUACAAGACCGUGCCACGACCGAGAUUGGCACUCGUGCCGGACUUCUCUCAGAGAUUGGAACGGAGCUUACGUUACCAGAGUACGCAAAUAUGGCCGAUGUUACAGAGCAGAAAGGAGAGAAGGACGAUGCGCAGACGGAAAUCAAAGUGGAACCAACGUUGCAAUGCUACGUCGAAGAAGAACACGAGAACGGAUUUCCCGGUUUCGAAGGUAACAACGCGAUACCAUCCAGUGCAGAUGUUGGCGCACUGAAUCUGUGGACCAGCAAGGCGACCACGUGCCUCAUUAGUCAAUACAAGAAGUACAGAUCGAUGGUAGGGCAAUCGACCCAGAUACGAAGUCUGCGCGAAAUGUUCGAGAUGAUUUCUCUCGAAAUGCAAAACUAUGGAUUUUACUUCAGCCCUCAGAAAUGCGAGAACAAAUGGCGAGUUCUCGAACGUAAGUACAAGAAUCUGGUGUUUCGAGAACGACUGAAGAAGCCGGGCAGAAUGAGGCACUAUGGCCACUGGGAGCAUAAAAGAGCCUUGGAUGAAAUUUUUCACGAGAAGAAGCGUCACAUGUACCUGGAGGAAAACGAUUUUCCACCAUCGGCAGGAUCUGCGAAAUACACUUUUAUUUUACCGAAACCUACGAAUACGGAGGAAAGUAGCGCCGGCGACAAUCAGCAGCAGGAGGACCCUCUAGCGGCGUUAACGUCAAACUCGUCGACAAACUGCAAACGCGACGAGGUGGAUUCGAAGGGAGCUUUGACAACUAUCUUCGAGAAAUUUUUUCACGAAAUGACGAAAAACUUCUCGAUCGCGGAGAAGAACAAGGAGAGAAGGCAUAAAGAAUUAAUGGCGAUACGACAAAACGAACUGGACGUUCAGAAGAGACUCUUAAAAUUAAAGGAACAAAAGUUGGAGAUACAAAAAUGUAAAAUUAUCGCUGCUGCUCAACACUUACAUUUGAAUAUGUAAUAGCAUCGUUGUCCUGUUCUUCCAACUCCAACAAAAUGUACAUGUAUCAGUGA